AUGGAGGAAAAAAGCGCAGAGUUCGUGGGCGUGACGCUCUAUCCAGCGGAUUACGAGAUCGUGGAGAUGGUGACGGACCAGGGCAAGGAGAUCCUCCAACAGGAGUUCACAGAGGCGCAGCUGUUCCUGCACUCGAUUCAAGAGCUGGAGCGCGUGCGGACGCAAAGGACGAAGAAAAAGCAGAAAAAGGAUGACAAGGAUGCCCCUACAGCUCAAGAGGAAAAUGGGAUAAAAGAAGAAGAAUAUGACGAGCUUACAAAGACUGUUGAAGCUGUUGAGGAGAUACACGAGUCCAUGGAAGAUGCCGAUGAGGAGGAGGAAGUGAUCGAUCCGAGAAUUCAUUACCGUUCAAUGGUGGCGGAACUUCAAGCGGCAGUUGCCGAGCUACAUCAGCUCAUCAAUUCCAUUGACUUGAUCCGUCGUCGCGAUUUUCUUGAAGAAAUGCGUUGCAUUCGUGAGAAUACGGCACCAAAGAGAGAGGAAUUGGAACAUCUUGUGGAGUCAAAAAGUGCUCAAGUGAAGGAAAGUGGCACAAUUCUGCUGAAUGGAGUCGAAGCACUGGCUAAGACGGUGGAGAAGGAGAGCGUCUUUUUCCAGGGUAUUACACAGAUGUUGCGCAAAUGGAAAAUAUGUGCACCUAUCCAUGGAAACAUCCCGAAACCAUUUCGUGCGGGUGAACCACUGGCGGUAGACUGCAGCUAUGGUAGUGCGGGGUCGUCCUUCGUGCCGCAGAAUCGAUCGAUUGCUGAUCUUGCUUAUGCUGAGCUGAGCCGCACGGAGAAGGGGCUUGUGCGCGCUAAGACUCCUGAGGACUUUUUGACUCGUACGAUCCAGCUGAAGCUUGAAGCAAAUGAUAUCGGAAAGGAGGGGAGCUACACAUUACCAUCGCCCACUCUGAUUCACAUGACAAAAGCAGAAAUGGAUGGGCUUCAUGAUACACCCGAAGACCUUAAAGUAUUGGAAGAGCGCAACAUGUCGGUUCUCAAGGCUGUGCAGUUCUCCGUAUUUUGCGAAGAACUCUUUUACACGCUGAUGAAAGAAGCGCUUCACAAUACAUCUAAGUGGACCGAUACAGCAUUCAAUAUCAGCAGUUACGUUGUCAAGAAGCACGGAAGAGAAGACAAUGCCGCGGUAGACACUCCCAUUUCAGUUUUGCAAGUGCUGGAUGACGAGAUUCAUCUGCGCGUGAAUGAGCGGCAUCAUCUGACAAUCAAACUUGUAGAUGUAAAGAGUUUGGCCAAGAAGAAAGAUGCGGCAAAGGGGACAGAAGAAGCCUCAGUAGCGGUUUGCGGAAAACAGGGGCAGGAAACAGAGCCUGUUCCAGAUAUAAAGAUGGAAGAGGCUAUAGCAGAGGAUACGCCAUUUCCGACCAACAGUUCAGCCAACCGACGGCGUGCUCCAUCUACAUCAUAUUCGACCCCUGCUGACAGUGACGAAGCCUUCUUGACACAGACUUGUCGGUAUACACUCCUUCUCUUGCAGCAAGAGAUUCGAACCCGUCACGGCCGGAAGGAAAUAUCGCGGGCAUUGUUGUACACAGGCUCAGACGGAUCGACGCUUGCUGGAGGUGGUGUGAACGCUGGCAUUUCCGGCGCUGCUGCCGGCGGCGCUGCCGGAAUGGGUCCUGCCAGCGAAAUCGACAAACACGAUAACACACCAGGAACCCUGGCAACAGCCUUGGCUGUUUUAUCUCAUAAUCUGCUGAAAAAUGAAGUGGCGCAGUACCUGGACGAAGUAUCUUCGGUUUUCGCUUUUCAAAAGCUGCAAACAUCAGCUUCGGGUCGUGUCCUGGAUGAUGGCUUGCUGCAGCCAAUUUGCGAUUCGGUACGUGGUGUUUACGUGAGUCCACGGUGGAAAACGUGUGCGUUCGAUUCGACACUUUCAGCGUUUGACUUGAACAUUGGCAAGAACUUCUCCACAGAGGUGCUCAUUUCUGGAACACGCAUUCUUGUUCAGACUGGAAUCGCUUCACAACGUGAGGUGUCAGGAGUUGAUGGGCUGCGUGAGUUUGUUGAGACGACCGUAUGCUCUCAGGUGGCACUAGCACUACACCGCGAUGCAGCGUCGUUCGGACUGAAACAGAGCUCAAUGAAUCUGGACCGCACAAGUGUCCGCCUUGUGGUCACAGGCGAGUGGAACGGCAGUUGCAUUGGCGAGGGCCGUGUAUCAGAUUCAAGAUCGGUGGGGUCUAUUUUUUUAGAGCCAUACAUUGCUGAUGACGGCAGCCUAGCCAUCAAUUGCUUGUUGCAAGCUGUUGAUGCGAACAAGUUGGCGCCCAUACAAGCUACACUUUGCCGCUCUACAUCUGGGGAGGUGCACAAGGUAGACUGGAAGCGAAUACCUGGCUCAAGCGACGCGGUCAAAAUGCUCUGGCUUAUGCAGAAGACUGAAGUGCUUUCUGAUCCAUUUAAGGUGUCUACAAAGUCUAAUGUAGCUCAGCUGUCUAAUGGCAGUUAA